AUGACCAUAGCUGAAGAACUACACCAGUUACUUAUUUUGACUUAUACAAAUGCAGACAAUACAAUUCGACAAUAAGCAGAAAUUAAGUUGAUGAAUUUGGUAAUUGAUAAUAUCUAAAAUUUCUAAUCUAUUGCUUAGAUUGCAAAGAGUUAAGAUAAUAGUAUAUAAUAUAAUUUUAUUUUAAAGUGUAACAUUAAGCAGCCAGCUUACUAAAUUCAGCAGUUUUAAAGAUGUUAUCAAAUCAAGGUAUUUUUUUUGUACUUACUAAUUUAGUUGAAUUAUAAUUACAACAUGCAUAAUUAAUUUUUGAUGUCAUUACCUCUCAACAGACAUCAUUAAAGUGUAAACAACUACUCUAAAAAUCAAUGAGUUUAUUGAUUAAAUUAAAAAAAGGUAUAACAAAAAAACUUAAUUAUUUUUUUAGCCAUCAAACCAGACAUUUAAGAUAAAAUGAAAUAAUUAGUUAAAAGUGAUAAAUUAUGGGAAAUUUAAUCAGGAUUGUUUUUCUUUAAAACUUUAAUUGAUUCUUUAGAAUUAUAAUCAUAUAAUUUAGUGAUAAAUUAAGGAUUAGAUUGGAUUAAAGAUUUCUUUGAUUUAAUUUAUCCAUUAUUUAAGAGAUUAGAUGAAUAAUCUGGAGAUUUGAGUGAAGAAUACAUUAUAACAAUAAGAUAUUAUUCAUCAAUUGUAUUAGAUUAUUGUGAAAAAUUAUUCAAAUAAAAGACUCAUAAUAAAGAAUAAUUAAUUCCACUAUAAAAUAUAAUGUUUAAAUUAAAUUCAUUCUAAAUAACUUUAUUUGCUAUAUUUAAAUACUCACCUCCAGCUAAUAUACUAUAGAGUUGUAUUAUUUCUUGCACUAACAAUGAAUAAUUCGAUAACAGAAUAAAUGAAGUUAAAAUGUAUGGAUUGAAAUGUUUACAAAUAUUAAUAAAUGCACUUCUGAGUAAAACUAAGAAUGAAUAGAAGAAUAGUGUAUUUUCUAAUUAAUAAGCCAAUUUGACUUAAUUAUUGUUAUACUCAAUAUUUACAUAUACUAGAUAAGCAAGAAUUUCCGAUAUUCUAUAGUAAUUAUAUAUAUUAUAUCUAAAUUAGGAAAUAGUUUCUACCUAGUAUUUUAAGUAGUAUUCUAAGAUUGUUGGCACAUUUAGGUGGAUAAGCUGAAUUAUAUCCAUAAUUCUAAGAAUCUAGAGGUCCUUUGAUAACUGAUAUAAUAUAUCCAUUUUUAGUAACAACUUUUAGUGAAUAUCAAAUUAUGAAAGAAUAACCAGAAGAAUUUGUUAAUAUUGCAUUAGAUGUUGUAGAUAAAUAGGAAUCAGAUUUACCAAAAACAGCAGCAACUACUUUACUUGAAACUUUAUGUGAUCACAUAGAUGGAUCUACAUCUUUCUUAGCUUAAAUGGCUAUUGUUUUUAUAUCUUCUGGUAUUUUGGAAUUGUCAUAGUCUCAAUUAAACAAACAAUAAUAACAAGUUGUAUUUACAGAUAUACAAAAAAUAAACAAUAAAAAAAUAUUCUAAGAAUUCACUUCUGUUGAUAGAAUAGAAAGUAGUUUAAUGAUUUUAACAAUUAUAAGUUAUUUAAUUUAAAAAAGAUAAGACAUUAUAUCAAUGAUGGAAUAAUUGUUAUAAUCAAAUAUGUAAUUUUUUACGAAUACUACUGAAUAAAUUAUUAAAGUUAGAUUUGCUUUGUUUUUUGGUUAUUAUUGUGAUAAUCUAUUUAAAGUUGAAUCCUAAUUUUAGAUUAUGUUAAAUUAUAUCUAAUUGUUAAUAAGUUAUGCCAAACCAUAAGAACCUGUUGUUUUGUAUAUGACUAUUGAAGCAUUAAAAGAUAUCUUUGAAGAUGAUGAAUUGAAACAUAAAUCAGGAAAUUUAGUCUAAAAUGUGUUUCCAGCAUUAAUUAGUGGAUUGUAAUUCAGUACAUAUGAAAGACAUUUUGAAAUGAUUGGAAAUCUAUUAAAGAAAUAUCCUACAACUUUCAUAGCAAAUGAGAAUUUUAUUUUAAAUCUUGUCUAAAUAUUAGUUUAAAGAAUUAUUAAAGAAGAAACAUUAAUUAAAACUAAUAAUGAUUCAACUAGAUACAUACAUUUAAAUAGAUGUUGGAAUCUUAUAAAAUAGUUCCCAACUAUAAAUGAAUUUUAACCUUUUCUAUUAAAAAUAGAAUUAGCAAUGUAGCCAAUCUAUUAAUAACUUGUUAUUUAAGAUAAUAAAAUGAAUUUUGAUGAAGAUUUGAUUUCGUUCAUCUCAUCCCUCAUCUAAAAAUUAUAAUCAGUAUCUUAAUUUUAAAGAGAAAUAUUACCAUAUUUUUCUUAAAUAAUAACUAAAUAAUCUGGAAGAUUUGGAUAACUCUAUGAAACUUUGAAUAUGUAUAUGUAUUAUGGAAGAAAUUAUUUCUUAUAAGAGUAAGCUUAAAAUAUUUACUUUAACCUUGCCCUUUAAGCAUUAAUGUAAGAAGAAGCUUUUGAAGAUGUUGAUUUAGCUGAAGGAGCACUUCUAAUUUAAUUGGGAAUUUAAGUCCUUUAAAACGAUAUCAAUCAAACUUUAUUAACUUAGGUGUUCCAAUAAGUACUUUAAUUAAUUUCCAAAGAAAAUGUCACUGGAAUUAUUCGAUCUAGAAUCACAGCUAUAUUUUUAGUGGCUUUUUAUUUCAUUCCUUAAUUAUCAUUACAAAUAUUAGGUGAACAUUUUUAAAAUAUAUAUCAUAAAGUCUUGUAUACUCAAUAUCAUCCAGGUUAUGAUGUUAAAUUAUUUAUCGUAACUAUUUGUAAAUUAAUCUAAUAAUCACAUUAAUUGCUGAAUCCAGAAUUAAUUUAAAUUAUCAUCAAGAAUUUAGAAAAUUAAGAGAAUGAAGAAAAACCAGAAAAAACAGAAGACGAGUAACUCAUUUAAUAUCUAUUUUAGUGAUGAUGAUAUGAUGAGUGAUGAUGAAGAAAUUGAUUAACUUGAAGAAGAAGUAAGAUUAUAAGCUAAAUAAUAAAUUGAAUCAUUUAAAGGAGAUUUAUAAAAUAUUGAUGAAUUUACUAUCUUUAAAAAUACUCUAUUGAAUUUCAAAACUUAGUAAAAUUUUAUACAUUAUUAUUUAGACAACCUCAAAUUAUAGAAUUAAUCAAAUUAAAACUUGAUAAUUAAACUCAAUAAAAAUUAAACAAUUAUCUAAAAUUUAUAAGAAUUGAUAAUAAUCAAAGCGCAAGAAAAGUAAUAUCUCUCUUAUUCAUUCUAGCUCAUGACAACUGGCAAAAGAAAAAUUCAGCGUUAAAUUAUUUGA